CAACGUCGAAGCAACUAUACGUCAUCAACACCGAUUGAUCCCGGACUGCCCAGAGAUCAGCCCCAUGGCAUGAAUUUGCUUCUGUUUGAGCGAUCGUCGGGCAGGCUGGGUCCGGACGAGUUCGCCAGGAUCCAGGCGACGACGCUGCUGCGUUCCUUCGCUCGUGCUCCUCACUUUCGCUUCGACGGCGGCGAACGUGAUGCAAGCGUUCCCGUCGGCCGCGGAAACAGAGCCGUAGCUUCGGCAGCUGAUGGUUCUGGCUCGGGCGGCGAUGCUGCUGCCCCGAGGGUUUCUCUCUGGGCGCACCAGGCCGGUGUCAGUGCCCUGGCUCUGGAGCGCUUCGAUGGCCGCAUACUGGUUUCUGGCGGCUCGGACGCCACUAUCAAGCUCUGGGAUCUGGAACAGUGCCCAAACCCAUGGCGGUAUUAUACCUACCGCCCCGUUGCUGUGGUCUCUCGUGCUGGCAGCGACUCCGCGGCAGCCGGGCACCGCUUCGGCGUCACUCACCUGUCUUUCUACCCGUUUGACAGUGCCGCAUUUCUCUCCUGCUCGCAUGACCAGACGCUCAAGCUGUGGUCCACCGAGAGGGCAUCCGUGUCCGGUUCGUUCUUCCUCGGCUCCAGGGUCUACACUCACGCAGUUUCCCCGAUAGCCUCCCAUCUGCUGGUCGCAUGCGGGACUCAACACCCGGCCGUCCGCCUCGUCGAUCUGCGCUCUUCCGCCGCGGUGCAGUCGCUGGUUCCGCCGGGCCAGACCGGUGGUUCUGCCGGCGCCGUCCUGUCCGUGUCCUGGUCCCCGGCGUACGAGCACGUCCUUGCUGCCGGCUCGGCGGACGGGGCAGUGCGCAUCUGGGACGUGAGGAAGUCCAAUGGCCUGGUCGCGCUCCUCGACCAAGAGGAUGUCGUCGGUCUUGCCGACGGGGGCACGACGUCGCAACUACGUCCUCCUCGGCUCGCAGCAAAGGCACAUGCUGGGGCCGUGAACGGCCUCACCUGGACGGACGACGGAGCCUACCUCGUAUCCGCUGGCCACGACCGCCGCAUACGCGUCUGGGACGCGGCGACCGGCGCCAACACACUUGCCAGCUUUGGGCCGAGCAUCCGUAACAGCCAGAUGGGCGCCGUCACCAUGUUUGUCUCGCCCCUUGGUCUCACGGCGCCAGGGUGUGAGCUGUUGUUCUUCCCGAACGAGACCGAGAUACUGGUCAUGGAUCUCCACGAGGGGUCUACCGUCGCAAGAUUACGCGGAAUGGGCCCGGCUGUAGCCUCUGUCGGUACACAUCAGGGGGGUGAAAGGGCCAUCAAGAAUCGUGUCACGAGCCUCGCAUGGAGAGGGGCCGGGGGGAGCGGAGGUUCAAGUGGUGUGGUUAUGGGCGGCAGUAACGCUGCCGGUGGCCUACUCAGCGGGCACUUGGAUGGUCAAAUCCGGGGUUGGCUCCCGGAACUUGAGGGUGCGGACGACGAAGGGGAUGAUGACGACGACGGCGCAGCAGAUAUCUCUGCCGCCAAGACGAAGAAGAGAAAGGCUCUGGAUGAUGCCUUUCGAAGUUUGAUGGGCAGACAAGUCACUUUCUCCUAG